CCCCGCCCUACGACCCGUCUUCUCGAGCUGCCGGUCGCCUCGCCUCGGAUCCCCGCAAUGGCUACUCCUCGGACCCGCAGCACCCACCGGAGGACCGGCCCAGCACCCACCGGAGGACCGGGUCAGGCCACGCACUGAGCCGAUGAUCGGAGCACCGGGCCGGAGAGACAGAGAGCCACGGGAGGAGCGAGAGGAAGAAGAGGAGUGGAUGUAAGGAGGAGGAAGAGGAGGAGGAAUCGAGUCUAUUUCUGUCCAGAGGAGAGCAGCGGCCGCCAUGUUGACCAAGAAGCCAAGCGCCUCGGUCCUUCCGACGGGUAAAGGUGGAGAGUCAGGUCAUCUCCAGCGUGGGGCAACAUCCAGUCAGACAGGAUCUCCCCUCUCCCUACCCCCGCUCCCUACGGGUGGUCCAAAGGCAGCCAUGUCGGACCAGCUCUACGAGGAGAACAGCAACAAGCGACAGGUUCUGACCUCACAACCCAACGGACUGGCUGCUCUGACAUCAAGGCCCGACCGCCAAUCAUCUUCAGAUCCCGCCCACGCUCGGCAGGGCAGUGGGGCAACGGUCAAAUCAGCCGACAGCAAGAGCAAGGCUCCGCCCCUCAGCCCAGAGCAGGCCAUGAGGCAAUUCAUGUCCAAGCUGUCGGCCUUCGAGCACCAUGAGGUGUUCAACUAUCCCGAAGUCUAUUUCAUUGGACCGGGUGCUAAGAAGCGUGCGGGGGUGAUGGGCGGAGCCAACAACAGCGGCUACGAUGACGACCAGGGCUCCUACAUCCACGUCCCCCACGACCACGUCGCGUACCGCUACGAGGUCCUCAAGGUCAUCGGGAAGGGCAGCUUCGGACAGGUGGUCAAGGUGUUUGACCAUAAGUGCCAUGCCCACGUGGCGCUGAAGAUGGUGCGUAACGAGAAGCGGUUCCACCGCCAGGCGGCGGAGGAGAUCCGCAUCCUGGAGCACCUCCGCAAGCAGGACCACGACUCGACCAUGAACGUCAUCCACAUGCUGGAGCACUUCACCUUCAGGAACCACAUCUGCAUGACCUUUGAGCUGCUGAGCAUGAACCUGUACGAGCUCAUCAAGAAGAACAAGUUCCAGGGCUUCAGCCUGCCGCUGGUCAGGAAGUUCGCCCACUCCAUCCUGCAGUGUCUGGACUCACUGCACAGGAACCACAUCAUCCACUGCGACCUGAAGCCUGAGAACAUCCUGCUGAAACAGCAGGGCCGCAGCGGCAUCAAGGUGAUUGAUUUUGGCUCAAGCUGUUACGAACACCAGAGAGUUUACACCUACAUCCAGUCCAGGUUUUACCGCGCUCCAGAAGUCAUUCUGGGCUCCCGCUACGGGAUGCCCAUCGACAUGUGGUCCCUGGGCUGCAUCCUGGCGGAGCUGCUGACCGGGUACCCCCUGCUGCCCGGGGAGGACGAAGCCGACCAGCUGGCCUGCAUCAUGGAGCUCCUGGGCAUGCCCGCACAGAAGCUGCUGGACGCCUCCAAGAGGGCCAAGAACUUUGUGUCGUCUAAGGGCUACCCGCGCUACUGCGUGGUGAGCACGCUGGCGGACGGGUCGGCCUCGCUCGGCGCCGGCCGCUCGCGGCGGGGUAAGGCCCGCGGCCCGCCGGCCAGCAAGGACUGGAGCGUCGCCCUGAGGGGCUGCGACGACCCUCUCUUCCUGGACUUCCUGAAGCAGUGCCUGGAGUGGGACCCGGCCAUCCGCAUGAGCCCCAGCCAGGCCUUGAGACACCCCUGGCUCCGGAGACGCCUCCCCCGGCCUCCCACCACCACCUCCUCCUCCUCCUCCACCACCAAGAGGAGCACAGACAGCACCGUCACCUCUGUCUCCAAGCUGACCCCCUCCACCUCCACCCUCUCCUCCUCCUCUAAGACCAUAGCUCCCUCCUCCUCCACCCUCUCCUCCUCCUCUAAGACCAGAACUAACCUAGCCGUCAUCACAGACGCUAACGGAAACAUUCAGCCUAGGACAGUUCUGCCCAAACUGGUGAGCUGAGGGCGGAGCCAACAGGAGGCGGAGCAUCAGGGAGUGAGUGGAGGUGUGUUUACCUGUCGGGGGAUAUCCUACAAGAACAGCUUUCAGGCUGCUAGCCUGGUGAGCCUGUUAGCCUGUUAGCCUGGGCUAUAUGGAACCACCGUUAGCCUGUUAGGACACCACACUGCACUGUAGCUCAGUGUAACACACAUACACACACACACCCACACACACACACAAUUUAACUAAGAUGUAUAUGGUGCUGAUGAAGGGAACACUAUUUUUAUGUUUUCAGCAGCGAUACACACACACCAUCUGAGAUGAACUGUUGAGAAGCUAGCAGUGUUGUUCUAGCUUGAAGCUGCUCGUGUUGUGCCUGUUAACUGACUGUUAGCCAGUUAAGAAGGGAAAAGCCAACAAGUUACUGUUGGUUAGUUAUUUUUACUACCUGUUUUUACUUUACCUGGUGGCUAAUUGAUUUGUUAGCUAUAACAUUUAGCUAUCAACUUACUAGCUUUUAGCCAUCCCGUGACAAUUGGCUGAUAGCCGAUAUCAUUGGCAGUUAGACGUAAAGCACAACACUGCCUACCGAGCACAGGGCUCCGCCCACUGAUCACAGGGCUCCACCCACCUGAAGUCCUCCUUUAGACACGCCCACCUGGUGGGCCAUACCAUCGCCUGAUAGGACGAAACCAUCAACAAGAGGUGAAUGCUCUGCUUCAGGUCCUAAGAGGGUUCCGCCACCGGUAGCGGGUAAACCCCUGGUGAGCCAGGUAGCUGUUGAACCCCUGGUGAAACCCAGGUAGUAAGUGAACCCUGGUGAACCAGGUAGCUUGUGAACCAGACAGCUGGUGAACGAGGUAUCUUGUGAACACCUGGUGAACCAGGUAGUCGUGAACCCCUGGUGACCAGGUAGCCGGUGAAGCCUAGGUAGCCAUUUAAGCCCAGGUAGCUGGUGAACCAGGUAGUCGUGAACCCCUGGUGAACCAGGUAGUCGUGAACCCCUGGUGAACCAGGUAGCCGGUGAAGCCCAGGUAGCCGGUGAAGACCAGGUAGCUGGUGAACCAGGUAGCUUGUGAAGCAGAUAACUGGUGAACCCCUGGUAAACAAGAUAGCUGGUGGACCCUAGUGAACCCAGGUAGCUGGUGAACCCUGUUGAACCAGGUAGUCGGGGAACCCCUGGUGAACCAGGUAGUCGGGGAACCCCUGGUGAACCAGGUAUCCGGUGGAAACCAGGUAGCUGGUGAACCCUGGUGAACCAGGUAGCCGGUGAACACCAGGUAGCUGGUGAACCCUGUUGAACCAGGUAGUCGGGGAACCCCUGUUGAACCAGGUAGUCGGGGAACCCCUGGUGAACCAGGUAGUCGGGGAACCCCUGGUGAACCAGGUAUCCGGUGGAAACCAGGUAGCUGGUGAACCCUGGUGAACCAGGUAGCCGGUGAACACCAGGUAGCUGGUGAACCAGUUAGCUGAUCAACCCCAGGUAGCAGCCUUUAUUCAGGUCCUCAGCCUCAAACCUCCCAAAGAAAUGUAGGACUUGUAGGACUUUGUGUUCGCUCUUGACUAGCACCACGUAUGAUGUGAUAAUAAUGAGAAUAUGAAAACAUGUCUGCUAGCAGAGUAACGUGAGGGACGCCACGAUGCCUAUGUUCUUACAUUCCACUGGAGACUACAUCUAAUCCCAGCUCAUCAACUAGCUCUGGAUCAUUAAGACCCGGUUCUAGCUAAGCUCUACGUUUAUACAUAUCAUCCAUUCAGCCAGAGAUAGAGGUCCACACAGAGACCGGGGUCUGGGUCUACUGACCCCCUAAGCCAGUAGACAGGUUAGCCUAAAGACAGGUAAAGAAAUAGACAGGUAAAGAGAAGGGUGAAGACAGACCAGUGGAGACGGACAGGUGAAGACAUAUGCUGUGUUCCAAUAUCCAUGCUUCCAUGAGUACACUUAAACGUAGUACACUAUCCGCACUCACUAAGUGAGCUGAUUUUCAGAUGUCAGUUCCAAAUCGAAUACUACCGUGGCGCACUAACCGGAAAAUAAGAUCACUGCCGCUGCGGCACCUCCCCCGCAAUAAACAUCCCGCUUUGAACGAUGAACUCUUUAUGCCUAGCAGCCUGUAAGAGCUAUAAAAACUACAAAAUGACUCUAUUAAUGCAGGCUAUGUGGAAAAUGCGCCGACUUUGGCUCAACCUGGCUCCGCCCCCUUCCACUACGUAGCUAAGAUGGCUGCCGUUGAGUACGAAAAGUGUUCAUCUAUCCACACUUCGUGGUUUGACCGUUUUGAGUACACCAUCCGGGUCCUUUCAGUACACUUAUUUUCACCCGAUCUUAAUUGGAACGCUCCACGUAAUAAAACUAAGUAUAGUAAGUACGGAUAGUAUGGAUAUCGGAACACAGCAAUGGACAGGAAAAGAUUUAGACAGGUAAAUACAAGACGGGUGAAGACAGACUGGUGGAGACAGACAGGUAAAGACAUAGACAGGUCAAGACAGACGGGUGAAAGCUGCAGGUGUAGAGGGGUCGGGGUAGACCACCUCCAGAUGGGCCGGGGGAACAGAAGAUGAAGAAUAUAAAUGACCCUCAGUUCUCCACAUCCUGAUACGAGGUCAGGUGUGUGUGUUUGUUGUGUUUGUGUGCGAGCGGGAGCAUGACUGAAGUCUGUCAUCUUUAUCUCUAGAAAUAGAACCAUCAAAACAAACUGCCAUGAGGACGCCUCAAACACAGUUGCUAUGACGAUGGGGUGGGACCUCCUGUUGAGAAGGAUAUCAUGUGACCUGUGACCCCAGCCUAUGACAUCAUGAAUGCAGAUUAUUAAAAUAUUUAAGUUUGGAUUCAGACCUUAGUAUUUCUGUUUGUAUAUGAAUGAAUAAAGAUUCUGACAAAUUUUAGCUAUGUACAGGCUGUGACUUUGUAAUCAUUAUGUCACCAAAACACAGUUCCACAAACACACACACACACACACACACACACACCGAUCUACGCCCAGUUGCGCGACACUAUGGCCGCUAUUCAAGCCUUUCCUCAGCCCACGCUGCAAAUUCUCAUGGUCCCCUGAACUGGAAACGUCCAAAAAACGUCCAUAAUUGGGGCCAUCCGUGAGGGCAUGGAGAUCUACGACAUGCGGAGGCGCACCUGCCCCCGCCCUGACUGGCCCAGGCGUGGUAUUGGCCACUUCCUGCUCCGACAACAUUGAACCAGCGAUGGAGGAUCACCCUCGCUGGUUCACGGUUCCUAUCCUCGGUGGAGCAACGCUAUGCGGCCAUCGAAGGAGAGGCCCUGGCCGUGGCCUGGGGCCUGGAGCAAACACUAUAUUUCAAACAAGGAUGUUAAGGGGCUUAUGGUCGUACCAACCCUAAGCCCCUUGUGAAGAUCUUCGGGGAUAACAAACUCACUCCCGUUCAGGCUCAAGCAGCGUACCCUCCCAUGGUGCUUUGACAUUGCGUACCUGCCUGGCAAGAGCAACCAUGCCGCUGAUGCAACUUCGAGGCAUCCUUCCCUCUCGGGCCCUGCAAACGGCCUCAUAUUGGAAUCGCCGAGCGUACCUGACGCCGUAGAAACAGCACUUAUGGCUUCAAUCCGUGACGAUGCACAAGGAAUAGGAGCCAUCUCAUGGUCCCUUCUUGCUCGAUAGACGGCAGCUGACGCGUGCCUCGGCCAACUUCUAUACGAUCAAGCAUGAGGGUAGGGUUGAUGUUGAUGACCCUGUCCUAGUGAGUCUGUCGCCGGUCUGUGAGUUCAUCUACGCGCAGGAUGGCGUCCUCCUGUAUCACGACUGUCGUGGUUCCAACAUCCCUCCGUGAAAGAGUCCUCCGGCACCUCCAUGCCGCCCACCAAGGAACUUCUGCCAUGGAGCAGCAGGCCCUGUGCACGUCUUUUGGCCCAGGAUGUCGAAGGACAUCUGAGCCACCUGGUGGAUGUUCAGACUGUAACCGUAAGGCUCCGUCAUAAGCAGCC